AUGUCGGCGGCUACAGCAUUAUCGCCCGAGAGCAUCUGGUUGGGAUCCCGUCAAUUAUUCACCCCUACCACAGUCCUUGCUGUCAUCCUGCUAUGCUAUGUGUUUUACAUCAUAUAUGACGUCAAAUUCGGCCCUUUAAGCAGCAUCCCAGGCCCGUUCUGGUACAAAGCCUCCGGUAUUCCGCUGGCGUACGUGCAGGGACGGGGAAAAGAAGCCGAGGUGAUUCCCAUUCUUCACGAAAGAUAUGGCCCCGUUGUGCAGAUCGCGCCCAGGGAGGUAUCGUUCAAUUCGGGCGCCGACGCGUGGCAAGACAUGUACGGCUUCGUGAAGCCAGGUGGUGAUCCCAAGCCGGCCAAAGACCCAAUCAUGUACAUCGACAACGUCAUUGACUACGAGAGCAUCCACGUAGCCAGCGAUGUCAAUCACGCACGCCAGCGGCGGCUGCUGGCGCCGGCGUUUGGGGACGCGGCCCUCCGCACGAUGCAGCCGGUCCUGACGAUGUAUGCGACCAAGAUGAAGGACAAGAUCACGGAGCGCAUCGGAUCGCAAGCGGGCGCCGCGAGAAUAGACCUGAUGAAGAUGUUCCUGCUCACGGCGUUCGACAUCUUGGGCAGCCUCACCUUUGGAGAAAGCCUUAAUAUGCUCGAAGACGGCGAGUUUACCCCGUGGGCGCAGACGGUACUUGACAGCAUCAGGCUGGACGCCUGGAUUCGCAUCGCAAGGCACUUCGCCAUCGGCCGCGUCCUUGUCAACGCUCUGAUGAACACCAAGACGGCCCGGGCGAAGCAUUGGGAGCAUUUCGAGUACUCCAAGAAGCGCGUUGACAAGCGGCUGGCGCGCUCGCCCACCCAUCCUGAUUUCUGGUCCUUUGUCGAGAAGAAGAGCGAAGCUGAGGAUGGCCUCUCCAUGGGCGAGCAAUACGUCAACGCCACGGUAAUAAUGCUUGCCGGUACAGAAACGACCGCUACGGCCUUGUCGGGUGUCAUAUUCUUCCUGACCAAGAACCCAGAAAUUUUGAAGACGGUCCGCGAAGAGGUGCAGUCAACAUUCGGCAGUAUCGAAGACAUGACCUUGGAUAAACUAGCUAGGGCCAAGUACCUGAAUGCGUGUAUCACCGAGACCCUGCGCAUCUAUCCACCAGCCCCAACCGCACUCCUGCGUCGUACUCCUCCUCAGGGAGCAACCAUCUGCGGAGUGCAGAUACCGGGCGAUGUUACAGUGGGCGGCCACAUAUAUUCGACGCAUACAUCUCCUAUGCACUUCAAAAACCCCCUCGAGUUCCACCCCGAACGGUGGCUCGGAGACGCAGAAUACGCCGACGACCACCUUGACGCCUGGGCGCCCUUUAGCGUCGGGCCGCACAACUGCGUGGGCAAGAACCUGUUGUUUCACGAGGUCCGGCUCCUUUUAGCCACGAUGCUGAAGUACUUUGACUUUACGCUCGCGCAUGAGUCGCAGGACUGGUCGCGGCAGCGGGUGUUUACCUUGUGGGAGAAGCUGCCACUACUGUGCGACGUCAAGCCAGCUCUGCCGGUCGCGAGUGCAUCGUAG